AUGGGCCGCGUGAUCAGGGCGCAGCGCAAGGGCGCGGGCUCGGUGUUCAAGUCGCACACGCACCACCGCAAGGGCCCGGCGCGGUUCCGGGCGCUGGACUACGGCGAGCGGAACGGGUACCUCAAGGGCGUGGUGACGGACAUCGUGCACGACCCCGGCCGCGGCGCGCCGCUGGCCCGCGUCGACUUCCGCGACCCCAUCCGCUACAAGCACCGCAAGGAGCUCUUCGUCGCCGCCGAGGGCAUGUACACGGGUCAGUCCGUCUACUGCGGCCGCCGCGCCGUCGUCGCCAUCGGCAACGUGCUCCCGCUCGCGUCCCUCCCCGAGGGCGCCGUCGUCUGCAACGUCGAGCAGCACGUCGGCGACCGCGGCGCCCUCGCCCGCGCCUCGGGCGACUACGCCAUCGUCAUCAGCCACAACGCCGACAGCGGCACCACCAGGAUCAAGCUGCCAUCGGGGGCGAAGAAGGUGGUGCAGAGCGGGUGCAGGGCGAUGGUGGGGCAGGUGGCCGGCGGCGGGAGGACGGAGAAGCCGCUGCUCAAGGCGGGCAGGGCCUUCCACAAGUUCAGGGUGAAGAGGAACAGCUGGCCCAGGGUGCGCGGCGUCGCCAUGAACCCCGUCGACCACCCGCACGGUGGAGGCAACCACCAGCACAUCGGACACGCGUCCACGGUCCGCCGCGACGCGCCUCCCGGGCAGAAGGUUGGACAGAUCGGGGCUCGGAGGACCGGCAGGCUCAGGGGACAGGCCGCCGUCAACGCAUCCAAGGACAGCAGGACCGCUUAGUUCAAU